AUGGAUAUUUCUAAACCAGUUGGUUCUGAAAUCACAUCCGUUGAUUUCGGGAUCCUAACUGCUAAAGAGAUUAGAAACCUAUCCGCAAAGCAAAUUACCAAUCCAACAGUUUUAGAUAACUUGGGCCAUCCAGUAUCUGGCGGUCUAUAUGACUUAGCCUUAGGGGCCUUCUUAAGGAAUUUGUGUUCCACUUGCGGUUUGGAUGAAAAAUUUUGUCCUGGUCAUCAAGGUCACAUUGAACUACCUGUCCCUUGUUAUAAUCCAUUGUUCUUUAACCAGUUAUAUAUUUAUUUGAGAGCAUCAUGUUUGUUCUGUCAUCAUUUCCGUUUGAAGUCAGUGGAAGUUCACCGUUACGCAUGUAAAUUGAGACUGUUACAGUACGGUUUGAUAGACGAAUCUUACAAACUAGAUGAAAUAACACUGGGCUCUCUUAACAGCAGUAUGUACACUGGCGAUGAAGCUAUUGAAGAUAAUGAAGAUGAAAUGGAUGGUGAAGAGGGUAAACAAUCGAGAGACAUCUCUUCCACUCUACUAAAUGAACUGAAAAGUAAGCGCUCAGAAUAUGUCGACUUGGCUAUUGCUAAAGCUUUGUCGGAUGGCAGAACUACAGAAAAAGGCUCUUUUACCGCUACUGUCAAUGAUGAAAGAAAGAAGUUGGUUCAUGAAUUUCAUAAGAAACUAUUAUCUAGAGGUAAGUGUGAUAACUGUGGUAUGUUUUCGCCAAAAUUCAGAAAGGAUGGUUUUACAAAAAUCUUUGAAACUGCAUUGAAUGAAAAACAAAUUACAAACAACAGAGUAAAAGGUUUCAUUCGUCAAGAUAUGAUUAAGAAGCAAAAGCAGGCCAAGAAAUUGGAUGGCUCUAAUGAAGAGUCUGCAAAUGAAGAAGAAAGUUUUGAUGUUGGUAGAAACCCUGCCGCUAGACCAAGAACAGGAUCAACAUAUAUCUUAUCUACUGAGGUGAAAAAUAUUCUGGAGACUGUUUUCAGAAAAGAACAAUGUGUUCUACAGUAUGUAUUUCACUCGAGGCCUAACCUAUCAAGAAAAUUGGUCAAAGCAGACUCUUUUUUUAUGGAUGUUAUUGUUGUUCCGCCAACUAGAUUCCGCUUGCCUUCCAAGCUUGGUGAAGAAGUUCAUGAAAACUCUCAAAAUCAAUUGUUAUCAAAGGUUCUUACUACCUCAUUAUUGAUUAGGGACUUAAACGAUGAUUUAUCGAAAUUGCAAAAGGACAAAGUCUCCUUGGAAGACAGAAGAGUGAUUUUCAGUAGAUUAAUGAAUGCUUUUGUCACUAUUCAAAACGAUGUAAAUGCUUUUAUUGAUUCUACCAAAGCCCAAGGAAGAACUAGUGGUAAAGUUCCAGUUCCUGGUGUAAAACAAGCCCUGGAAAAGAAGGAGGGUUUAUUUAGAAAGCACAUGAUGGGUAAGCGUGUUAACUAUGCUGCUCGUUCUGUUAUUUCUCCCGACCCAAAUAUCGAAACUAACGAAAUUGGUGUCCCACCUGUUUUUGCUGUUAAGUUGACCUACCCAGAACCAGUAACCGCUUAUAACAUUGCAGAGUUACGUCAAGCUGUCAUCAACGGUCCUGAUAAAUGGCCUGGUGCUACUCAAAUUCAGAAUGAAGAUGGUUCUCUUGUUUCCUUGAUUGGUAUGUCUCUAGAGCAGCGUAAGGCGUUAGCUAAUCAACUUUUGACACCAUCUUCAAAUGUUUCCACCCACACUUUAAACAAAAAGGUCUAUCGUCAUAUUAAGAAUAGAGAUGUAGUCCUUAUGAAUCGUCAACCAACCUUGCAUAAAGCUUCCAUGAUGGGUCACAAAGUUAGGGUGUUACCUAAUGAAAAGACCUUGAGAUUACAUUAUGCUAAUACAGGUGCCUAUAACGCCGAUUUUGACGGUGAUGAAAUGAAUAUGCAUUUUCCACAGAAUGAAAAUGCUAGAGCAGAGGCACUGAACUUAGCAAACACUGAUUCUCAGUAUUUGACACCAACGUCUGGUUCCCCAGUAAGAGGUUUAAUUCAAGAUCAUAUUUCUGCUGGUGUUUGGUUGACAAGUAAAGACAGCUUCUUUACCAGAGAACAAUAUCAGCAAUAUAUCUAUGGCUGUAUUCGUCCUGAAGAUGGACAUACCACAAGAUCUAAGAUAGUUACUUUACCUCCAACCAUAUUCAAACCAUAUCCACUAUGGACUGGUAAACAAAUCAUCACAACAGUAUUGCUGAAUGUCACCCCUCCAGAUAUGCCUGGUAUUAAUUUAUUAUCUAAAAAUAAGAUUAAGAACGAAUAUUGGGGUAAAGGCUCUUUGGAAAACGAAGUUCUCUUUAAGGAUGGUGCAUUGCUAUGUGGUAUUCUAGAUAAGUCACAGUAUGGUGCUUCUAAGUACGGUAUUGUUCAUUCACUGCAUGAGGUUUAUGGCCCAGAAGUCGCUGCCAAAGUACUAUCUGUGUUGGGUAGAUUAUUUACCAAUUAUAUUACCGCUACAGCAUUUACGUGUGGUAUGGAUGACUUGCGUUUAACAGCGGAAGGUAACAAGUGGAGAACUGACAUCUUGAAGACGUCCGUUGAUACUGGUCGUCAAGCCGCUGCGGAGGUUACUAACUUAGAUAAAGAUACCCCAGCAGAUGACCCAGAGUUGUUAAAGAGGCUACAGGAAAUACUGCGUGAUAAUAAUAAGUCAGGCAUUCUUGAUGCAGUUACAUCAUCUAAGGUUAAUUCCAUCACCUCUCAGGUCGUUUCCAAAUGUGUACCAGACGGUACUAUGAAAAAGUUUCCAUAUAAUUCCAUGCAAGCGAUGGCCCUUUCUGGUGCCAAAGGUUCUAACGUUAAUGUUUCUCAAAUUAUGUGUCUGUUGGGUCAACAAGCUUUAGAAGGUAGAAGAGUACCAGUAAUGGUCAGUGGUAAAACCUUGCCUUCUUUUAAACCUUACGAGACAGAUGCUAUGGCUGGUGGUUAUGUUAAAGGUCGUUUCUAUUCUGGUAUCAAGCCACAAGAAUAUUAUUUCCAUUGUAUGGCUGGUCGUGAAGGUUUAAUCGAUACUGCCGUUAAGACGUCUAGAUCCGGUUAUUUGCAACGUUGCCUGACAAAACAGUUAGAAGGUGUCCAUGUAUCUUACGAUAACAGUAUAAGAGAUGCGGAUGGUACCUUGGUGCAAUUUAUGUAUGGUGGUGACGCCAUCGACAUUACUAAGGAGUCGCAUAUGACUCAAUUCGAGUUCUGCUUGGACAACUACUACGCAUUAUUAAAGAAGUACAACCCGUCAGCACUUAUCGAACAUUUGGAUGUUGAAUCAGCCCUGAAAUACUCCAAAAAGACUUUGAAGUACAGAAAGAAACAUAUUAAAGAGCCUCAUUACAAACAAUCUAUAAAAUAUGACCCUGUUUUAGCAAAAUAUAAUCCUGCUAAAUAUUUGGGGUCUGUUUCUGAAAACUUCCAAGAUAAAUUGGAAUCUUUCUUGGACAAGGGUUCCAAAUUGUUCAAAUCGGCAGAUGGUGUCAACGAAAAGAAGUUCAGGGCAUUGAUGCAACUAAAAUAUAUGCGUUCUUUGAUUAAUCCAGGUGAAGCUGUUGGUAUUAUCGCAUCGCAAUCUGUUGGUGAACCUUCAACACAAAUGACGCUAAAUACCUUCCACUUUGCUGGUCACGGUGCUGCUAAUGUGACUCUUGGUAUUCCUCGUUUAAGAGAAAUUGUUAUGACUGCUUCUGCUGCUAUUAAGACUCCACAAAUGACAUUGCCUAUUUGGGAUGAUGUCUCUGACGAGCAAGCAGAUACUUUCUGUAAGUCAAUUUCAAAAGUUCUAUUAUCGGAAGUGAUAGAUAAGGUGAUAGUCACUGAAACUACCGGUACUUCAAAUACUACUGGUGGAAAUGCGGCUCGUUCGUAUGUUAUUCAUAUGAGAUUCUUUGACAACGACGAAUACAAUGAAGAAUACGAUGUUUCUAAAGAAGAGUUACAAAAUGUAAUAUCUACACAAUUCAUACAUUUGUUAGAAGCUGCUAUUGUGAAGGAAAUUAAGAAACAAAAGAAGACGACAGGACCAGAAGUUGGUGUUGCAGUACCAAAAAUGCAAACUGAUGUUGCAAGCAGUUCUUUGAACACGAAAAGACUAGAAGAAGACAAUGAUGAAGAACAAAGUCAUAAGAAAACUAAGCAAGCAGUUUCAUAUGAUGAACCGGAUGAGGAUGAAAUUGAAACUAUGAGAGAAGCUGAAAAAUCUUCUGAUGAAGAAGGUGUUGAUUCCGAUAAAGAAAGUGAUUCUGAUUCUGACUCUGAUGAAGACAUUGACAUGAAUCAACAAAUUAAUAAGAGUAUUAUGGAAGCUAACAAGAAUAUGAGUAAGAUGCAACGUGAUCGUCAAUCGGCCAUAAUUUCUCAUCAUAGGUUUAUUACAAAAUACAACUUCGAUGAUGAAUCGGGUAAAUGGUGUGAAUUUAAGUUAGAAUUGGCUGCAGAAACAGAAAAGUUACUGAUGGUUAAUAUUGUCGAAGAAAUUUGUAGGAAAUCUAUCAUUAGACAAAUUCCCCACAUUGAUCGUUGUGUUCAUCCAGAACCUGAGAAUGGAAAACGUGUACUUGUUACAGAAGGUGUUAAUUUCCAAGCUAUGUGGGAUCAAGAAGCAUUUAUUGACGUUGAUGGUAUUACAUCCAAUGAUGUUGCUGCUGUUUUGAAAACAUAUGGUGUAGAAGCUGCCAGAAAUACCAUUGUGAAUGAAAUUAAUAACGUUUUCUCCCGUUACGCUAUAUCUGUUUCUUUCCGUCAUCUAGAUCUUAUUGCUGAUAUGAUGACUAGACAAGGUACCUACCUGGCCUUCAAUAGACAAGGUAUGGAAACAUCUACUUCAUCGUUUAUGAAGAUGUCCUAUGAAACUACUUGUCAAUUCUUGACCAAGGCCGUUCUGGAUAAUGAACGUGAACAACUAGAUAGUCCUUCUGCUAGGAUUGUGGUAGGAAAAUUGAAUAAUGUUGGUACAGGUUCAUUCGAUGUGUUGGCAAAGGUUCCAAAUGCUGCUUAG